AUGUUGUUCCCGUACGCAGUGAUGUUUGCGAUCGUUUAUUGUGCCCUCCGAAGCGAGCAGUACUUUUUCAACGGCAUCAAGUCUGGGCUCGAUGGGGAUCUGAAGAACUCGCUCUUUCUAAGUCGCGUCGGGCAGUGUGAGGGCCAGCGUCACUUGGCGAUUUAUCUGGCCGACGCUAGGAUUGCUCAGCAAAACAACACACACUACGUAGUGAGCGGUGUGUUGACGGUUCGCCGGAACAUCACGGGGCGCCCGCUGGCCGGUACGGUAGCGAUCAAAAUCUGUCACAACGCAACCAACUGCCGAUCGUUCGUGGAACCACCCGUAGCGGUGGGUGAUGUUUGCGAGCUAUUCCAGCAGGGUUCAUUGCGCAAUACGUCCUUUGGCGCUGUGCUGGCUCACAGUAUUCCGCGACUUGCGUGCCCGCUGUCGAGGGGACUCUAUCGGCUGAACGAUAUCCUGUUGGACUACAAACUAUUUCGUUACUUUGCGCCCCACGUGAGCAACAUCUGGCGCAUUGAUAUGUCCGGCGAAAGCGAUGGUAAGCGAGUGUUCUGCGUAAGGAUCGAGAUGUUCCUGUACAGCUGGGAGGAUAUGCUUCCAAGGUAUUAA